CCGGGCCGCGGGCGCGCUGAGCGUCCGGGUCUCAUUAUGUGGCGCGUGCCCCGCCAGCUGUGUGCGCACCUCUUGAGGGGAAGCAAGCUCUCGGACACUUGGAACAGGCCUGCUGCCUUCAUGUCCACUUUGCUCAUCAAUCAGGCCCAGUACGCUUGGCUGAAGGAGCUGGGGCUCCGCGAGGAAAACGAGGGCGUGUAUAAUGGAAGUUGGGGAGGCCGGGGAGAGGUUAUCACGACUUAUUGUCCUGCUAACAAUGAACCAAUAGCAAGAGUCCGACAGGCCAGCGUGGCUGACUAUGAAGAAACUGUGAAGAAAGCGAGGGAAGCCUGGAGAAUCUGGGCAGAGGUUCCUGCUCCGAAGAGAGGAGAAGUAGUGAGACAGAUUGGGGAUGCCUUGCGGGAGAAGAUCCAAGUACUAGGAAGUUUGGUGUCUUUGGAGAUGGGGAAAAUCUUAGUGGAAGGUGUAGGAGAAGUUCAAGAGUACGUGGAUAUUUGUGAUUAUGCUGUUGGCUUAUCACGGAUGAUUGGGGGACCCAUCUUGCCUUCUGAAAGACCUGGCCAUGCCCUCAUUGAACAGUGGAAUCCUGUAGGCCUGGUUGGCAUCAUCACUGCGUUCAACUUCCCUGUGGCAGUGUAUGGCUGGAACAAUGCCAUUGCCAUGAUCUGUGGGAAUGUCUGCCUUUGGAAAGGAGCUCCAACAACUUCCCUCAUUAGUGUAGCUGUCACAAAGAUAAUAGCCAAGGUUCUAGAAGACAACAAACUGCCUGGUGCUAUUUGUUCCUUGACCUGUGGUGGAGCAGAUAUAGGCACUGCAAUGGCCAAAGAUGAACGGGUGAACCUGCUGUCCUUCACCGGGAGCACACAGGUGGGAAAACAGGUGGCCCUUAUGGUGCAGGAGAGAUUUGGGAGAAGUUUGUUAGAACUUGGAGGAAACAAUGCCAUCAUUGCUUUUGAGGAUGCAGACCUCAGCUUGGUCGUUCCGUCGGCUCUCUUCGCAGCCGUGGGGACAGCGGGCCAGAGAUGUACCACUGCGCGGCGCCUGUUUUUACAUGAGAGCAUCCAUGAUGAAGUUGUAAAUAGACUUAAAAAGGCCUAUGCACAGAUCCGUGUGGGGAACCCUUGGGACUCUAAUGUCCUCUACGGGCCACUCCACACCAAACAGUCAGUGAGCAUGUUUCUUGGAGCAGUGGAGGAAGCAAAGAAAGAAGGUGGCACUGUGGUCUAUGGUGGCAAGGUUAUGGAUCGCCCUGGAAAUUAUGUAGAACCAACCAUUGUGACAGGUCUGGCCCACGAUGCGUCCAUUGCCCACACAGAAACGUUUGCUCCGAUCCUUUAUGUCUUUAAAUUCAAGAGUGAAGAAGAAGUCUUUGCAUGGAAUAAUGAAGUAAAACAGGGACUUUCAAGUAGCAUCUUUACCAAGGAUUUGGGCAGAAUCUUCCGCUGGCUUGGACCGAAAGGAUCAGACUGUGGCAUCGUAAAUGUAAAUAUCCCAACGAGUGGGGCCGAAAUUGGAGGUGCAUUUGGAGGAGAAAAGCACACUGGGGGCGGCCGCGAGUCUGGUAGCGAUGCCUGGAAACAGUACAUGAGAAGAUCCACUUGCACCAUCAACUACAGUAAGGACCUUCCUCUAGCUCAAGGAAUCAAGUUUCAGUAAAGGUGACAGUAAAUUGGCGUUACAUCACAGCUCACAGGCAUUCUCGCAACUCUUUCUUCUGAAGACAAAGAAAAAUUAAGAUUUGCCCUGAAUAAAUAAAUGCAUUAUUUUGAA